AUUCUAUAUCUUCAUUACCUCUUUCAUUCUUGGAUACCAAGCUUGAAAGUCACUUAUCCUCAAAUCUCCCUGCUCGAAAGAAAAAACAGGAUUUUGUUUUGUCUGUUUGGUUUUCAUUUUUCAAGUUUCAGAUAGAACAGAGCAUUUCUGUGGCAUUGCUUCCAAGAUACUGUUAAGCAUUUAUUAUUGCGUGAGGAGAAAGAGUUUUUUAGGGUAGGCUUUUAUUGGGUAGGUGAUUAAUUUAAAUGGUUUAUCAAGAUGCUCUGUUGGACUCUGAAGCUCAGAAUUGUGGGCCCUUUUUUGUUCUAUAUUUGGCUCUAUAAUAGGUAGCAGAUUUGGAGAACUCACAAGCAAAAAUCUUUAAAAUCUGAAAUUCUUUUUUCAUGUGACUCACUGCAACGGCUGAUGUAUUAAAAUCAUCAUUUUUCAGUAUUUUCUGUAACCUGUCAGAGAUUUUUUUAAUUUUCUUUGUGCUCCUGUAUAACACUGCUCUACAACAGUGUACUGAAAAAACUAAAGAGAACUUUGGUGGAGACGUUUUACUGGGCCUCUGGUGGGUAUACCAACCGGUCAGCAGUAGCAGAGAUUGUGGAGGUUACAUAGACAUCUGAUAUUCAGGGCCCGAGGAGAACUUACAGAGAUCUUUGCAGCUAUGAAAAUCAUUAAGAAGCUUAUCCUGAUUGUGCUUUUAGCUGUGGUAAAGGAAACAUGGGCGGCCUCAUUUACGGUCCUGAACAACUGUGGAUACACCGUCUGGCCAGGCUUCCUCUCAAACGCAGGCAUAACGCCAUUAACCACCACGGGCUUUGAGCUGCAACCGGGAACAACCCGUGUGGUUUCAACCCCCGCCCGGUGGUCCGGUCGCAUGUGGGGCAGAACGGGCUGCAACUUCGGCGCCGACGGAAAGGGCAAUUGCACCACCGGAGAUUGCGGCGGGCAGCUGCAAUGCAACGGGGCAGGCGCAAUUCCACCCGCAUCACUCGCAGAGUUCUCUCUCGAUCCAGCUGGCCUCGAUUUCUACGACGUCAGCUUAGUCGACGGCUACAAUCUCCCCAUGCUAGUCGUGGCCACCGGUGGCACCGGUGCCUGCUUAGCCACGGGCUGCAUAGUAGACAUUAAUCUGAACUGCCCGAAGGAGCUUCAGCUAGAUGACGGCGGACUUACUAACGGCGGCGGUAACGUUUUGGCAUGCAAGAGUGCAUGCGAGGUGUUCGGCAGCCCGCAGUAUUGUUGCAGUGGGGCCUACGCAAACCCUAACACGUGUAAGCCGUCAACUUACUCGCAGCUUUUCAAGUCCGCGUGUCCACGUGCUUACAGUUACGCUUUCGAUGACAAGACCAGCACGUUUACCUGCGCUGGCGCCGACUACGCCGUCACGUUCUGUCCCACCGUCGCUAUGGCCAGUCAAAAGAGCUCCAACAGUACGCCCGUGGCCACCAGCCCGACGGUGCCCGUCGGCGCAAGUAAUGUUGAGGGCGACUCAAACACAAUUUUCGGCGCUAGUGAAGCAACUUCGGCGGCUUCAUCUUCGGUGCACACGUGGACCGCCUUUCUUAUUUGUUGCGCCUCUUUAUUAACUUCCAUUCUGCUGACUCAGCGUGUCUGAAAGUUUUGCAUCUCGGUGGGACCCACUGCUACCCGCUGCUUUAGUCCACGCAGACUUCGAUCAGAAGCAUUGAUGACGAUCUGUAAUCUGAAAGUUGGUGGAAUGAGGUGGCAUUGUGGGGCGGAGGUGGCCCGUCCACGUCAGGAUUUGACCGGGCGGGCGUGCGUGCGAUUGGUCUCCGUCGUGUAGUAGGCCCCACAUUCUUUAGUUUCAUUCGAUGAGGGAACGGAACUAUGAAUGAAUUAAUUGAAGAACUAUAAUGAAAUAUGUAUUAUCCAGUAUAGAAUAUUUAUUGAUAUUGACUGGCAGGUGGAGUUUUGUAAUGAAUGGCCGGCCAUUCUAUAUAUUGUAUUUAAGCUCAAUACCUACGUAAUUGAUAAGCUUUUGUUUUUAUGAUUGAA